GCUGCGUGACUGAAUCAUGCGGGUUUUCGUACUUGAGCGCAUGUGAAUUCUUUCCUGUUCAAGUGAUCCGAAGGAACGGAACGCUCCCUCGUGCGUGGCGCACGAGAUCAGUAAACAUGGUGCUUUUACACGUGUUGUUUGAGCAUGCAGCUGGAUAUGCAUUAUUUGCUGUCAAAGAAGUUGAAGAGAUUGGAAUGCUGCUACCUCAGGUGGAGGAAAGUGUCCUAAAUGUUGGCAAAUUCAGUAGCGUAAUCCGACUGAGUGCAUUCUUCCCCUUUAAAUCCGCCCAGACUGCUCUGGAAAAUAUCAAUGCCAUUUCAGAAGGAGUUGUCCAUGCGGAUCUCAAGUUGUUCUUGGAGACCAACCUUCCGUCCGGGGGUAAAAAGAAGUCCAUGUUGGGGGUGUCCGAUGCUAAGAUUGGUGCAGCGCUUCAGGAAGAGCUUAAUCUGUCCAUUCAGACUGGAGGAGUUGUAGCUGAAAUCAUAAGGGGUGUGCGUCUGCACUUCCAUUCCCUGGUAAAGGGACUCACUGCUGUGGCUGCGUCCAAAGCUCAAUUGGGUUUGGGUCACAGCUAUUCCAGAGCUAAAGUCAAGUUCAACGUCAAUAGGGCGGACAACAUGAUCAUCCAGUCGAUCGCCCUCCUGGACCAGCUGGACAAGGACAUCAACACGUUCUCCAUGCGUGUGCGUGAAUGGUACGGUUACCACUUCCCAGAGCUAAUAAAGAUAGUGAGCGAUAACAGUACAUACUGUAAGAUGGCCAAGCUGAUCGGGAACAGGAAGGAACUGAAUGAGGAGAUGUUGGAAGCUAUGGAGGAGAUCACAAUGGACAGUGCCAAAGCUCAGGCAGUCCUUGACGCGUCCCGAAGCUCUAUGGGUAUGGAUAUCUCUCCUAUUGACCUGAUCAACAUUGAGAGCUUCUCCAAUCGUGUGAUUUCUCUCACAAACUACAGACUGGAACUGCAAGAGUACCUGCGCUCCAAAAUGGGCCAGGUGGCCCCAAAUCUCGCGGCUCUCAUUGGUGAUGUGGUUGGUGCCCGUCUCAUCUCUCACGCUGGCAGUCUGACAAACCUUGCCAAAUAUCCCGCCUCCACCGUGCAGAUUCUGGGGGCUGAGAAGGCCCUGUUCAGGGCGCUGAAGACCAGAGGAAACACCCCAAAGUACGGUCUAAUUUUCCAUUCGACGUUCAUUGGGCGUGCCGCUGCCAAGAACAAGGGUCGCAUCUCGCGUUAUCUGGCCAACAAGUGCACCAUUGCAUCACGCAUUGACUGUUUUUCUGAGGUUCCCACGUGUGUGUUUGGUGACAAGCUUCGUGGUCAAGUAGAAGAACGUCUGGCCUUCUAUGAGACCGGUGAAGCCCCACGGAAGAACCUGGAUGUCAUGAAAGAAGCUGUUGCAGAGGCUACUGAGGUGACUGCUGAAAUCAAGCGCAAGCUCGAGAAGAAGGAAAAGAAGAAAAAGAAGCGUGAAAAGAGGAAACUAGAAGCUCUUUCCACAGCAGAAGGAGAUGACGAGAAAGCCAAUGGCGAUGCUGAGGAGAAACCAGAAGAAAAGAAGAAAAAGAAAAAGAAGCUGGCAGCUGAGACGCCACAGGUGGAGGAAGAGGUCACGACAAACGGUGGUGAGGCCACGCCUUCUAAGAAAAAGAAGAGGACAAUUGACGUCGUGGAGGCGGAGCCUGAGGUGACGGAGGAGGCUGAUGUGACACAGGUGGAGAAGAAAAAGAAAAAAAAGAAAAAGAAGGCUGAGGAGGAUGAAUGAGCGUGUUCCUUCUGACUGGACUUUUUCAGUAUUGUACAGUUAUUUUUGUUUCAUUUAUGAAUGUUGGACUCAAGAAUAAGAUGUUUGAGAGCUGCGCGUAAGAAGAGUGAUGUUUUUUUAUAUAUACAAACUGCUUUUAUUUCCUGUCAUUUUCAAAGCACCUUUCUGAAACCGUUCAUUUAUGUGCCUUGUAAUAAAAUGACGGCCCUUUGGCAUCAGUGAAAAGAUUUCAAAGCUUUGCCAUCCAAGUUUCACUUUUAAAUGUCACAUGCUUUAAUUGAUAAAGGUUUUUCUUGAAGUGUGCUAGUUUGAUUAUUCAUUAAUCUGAUUUGGAACUGUUUGUUGUAAAGCAUAUUUUUAGUUACACGUACUGAAAUUUAUUUACAGAGAUGGAAAAAUGAACUGUGGUGUCAACCUAGCUCGUAUUUGCAAGUAUUCCAUCUAAUGAUUCGUUAUGCACAAAUGAAUGGCAUUUCAAUAAAUCAAUGUGAUUCUGUAA